AUUUUGCUAUUUUUAGUUUUACAAUUUAUUAAUUUUCCCACGUUUCAGAUUUAGAUUUAUUCAGUCGUUACUUAAGAAGUGGUUUUAACUUAAUUAAGAAUACAUUGAGUACUACAUUGUGAAUAUUUUUGACACGAAAUAAUGGGUCGGAAAGUGCAAUCCAAGCAGAACUCUAGAAAGCGCAAUGCAAAGGAGGGUAACAAGUUUACUCAGCAAUUGAGAAAAGAAUUAUCAAUAUUAGUUGAUAAACUGCUCAAAUUAACCAGCAUAUUCCAAGCUACGGGUACAGUUGCAAAGAGUUGGGAGCACCAUUUACAAAUAGAGGCAAUUAUCAAAGAGAUACUCAAAAUUGAGACUGCUUCAACGAAAGUUGGAAAAAGUCAUAGAAAAUUAAAUUUAGAAAAGUAUGUCAACUGGCUGGACGAGCAUGGAGCAAAAUUUGAAGGUGUAGAAAUCAGUGAAUUUGAUGGCUAUGAACUUGGACUGAAAGCAACCAAAGAUUUUGCGGAAGGCUCGCUCAUACUCACCGUACCUACAGAAGUUAUGAUGACUGAGAAAAAUGCGGCUGAGUCGGAGUUAGGAGCAUUCAUCAGUAUAGAUCCACUUUUACAGAACAUGCCAAAUAUAACUUUAGCUCUAUUUUUGUUACUUGAAAAAAGUACUCCAGAUUCAUUUUGGAAGCCAUAUAUUGAUGUUCUGCCAGAAAUAUAUUCUACUGUUCUCUAUUUCACAUCUGAGGAAUUAGCAGAACUUCGGCCUUCACCUGCAUUUGAGUCAUCUCUGAAGAUGUAUAGAAAUAUUGCGAGACAAUAUGCUUAUUUUAACAACAAAAUUCAUGCAAUGGAUUUGCCUGUUUUCAAAAAUUUACAAGAAAUAUUCACAUUUAAUAAUUACAGAUGGGCGGUGUCGACAGUAAUGACUCGGCAGAACAAUAUUCAACUCUCUGGAGCAUCGAUGACAGCAUUUAUACCUCUCUGGGACAUGUGCAAUCACGAACAUGGACGGAUAACGACGGACUACAACGAGGAUCUGAACCGAGGCGAAUGCUACGCGCUGCGUGACUUCACGUCGGGCGAGCAAAUAUUCAUAUUCUACGGGGCGCGACCCAACGCCGACUUGUUCCUGCAUAAUGGUUUCGUGUACCCCAAUAACCAACACGACAGCCUGUCGUUAGCGCUGGGCAUAAGUACGGGAGAUGUUCUACGGGAAGCUAAGUUGUCGCUCCUAACGAAACUGGGUCUAGCCGGAGUCACGCACUACAACUUGUAUAAGGGAACCAAUCCGAUUAGUGCAGAGCUGCUGGCUUUUAUACGGAUAUUUAAUAUGAAUCAAGAGGAACUAUCAAAAUGGGCAAGCCACAGUAUCCCUGGCGACCUGGUCUCUUCGGACGAGUCUAGCGCGACGAUGGUAGGGGCUGCCAUAGAUCGCAGAGCGUACACCUACCUCAUGACUCGCUGUGGACUCAUCAAGGCGUCCUAUAAGAAGAGUGAGGAUGAAACUGACUCCUUGCAUAGGAAAAACAUCAAAUUAUUGAAGGAAUGUGAAGUACAAAUAUUAGACGAUGCCAUAGAGUACUUAAAGAAUGUUUUACAAAAACUUCCCACCGCUGCCGAACCGUAAAUACAAAAUAUCCGAAUUUAAUAGUUAUAAUGAUUUUCCACCUUAUGGAGAUUAGUUAUAAGAUUUAAUUUCAAGGUAUAACCUUGCUAUACAUAUUUUACAAUUGAGGAGCUGGCUUACAAAAGGGUGUAGUUACAAAUCUGAUCAAAAUACUUUUUUUUCUAAUCCAGAUGUCUUUGGCCCACUAAAUACAAGCCUGAACUAAUUUUCAAAUAAAACGGCCUAAAACUGCACUGAAAUUGAGUCCAAGUUCAUUAUUCUGAACACACCAACUUGAAUUCAUUUCCAAGCAAAACGACCAAAAACGACUAAAAUUGAGUCUAAAGUUUGUGAUUUUGAUCAAAAAGGUACAAUUACAGUAGAGUUUCAAUCGCUUUCACUGAGUUUUUUGGGCUUCUUGAAAAAUAUUAUUUCGCAAAAUUGUACCUUUUUGUUCGCCAGCUCCUCAAUUCACCUAAGAACAAAUCAUGACAGUAUUGAAAUAUUUUUACACCUUGUUUUUACAUUAUAUUUUGUUUGUUAUUUAUUUAUAAUCGAUAUUUUAAACAACGAAUACCGAAAU